AUGUCAAACUGUACUGUUGAGACCUGCACAGUUGAGACCAGUGAUGGAGCCAAGCUCAACACACGGCUCUUCAGACCCAGAGAAGCCAAAGAGGGCAAUGAUCCUGUGGUGGUUCUGGUCCAUCCCUACUCUGUCCUUGGUGGCUGUCAAGGCCUUUUGAGAGGCAUGGCAACUGGGUUAGCUGAGAAAGGUUUGCAAGCUGUCACCUUUGACAUGAGAGGAGUUGGGAGGUCAACUGGGAAGGCUUCUCUUACUGGGUUUGCUGAAAUCAAAGAUGUCAUUGCUGUCUGCAAAUGGGUCUCUGACAAUUUGGAUGCCAAUAGAAUUUUGCUUGUGGGUUCUUCUGCAGGUGCCCCAAUUGCAGGGUCAGCAGUUGAUCAGAUUGAACAAGUUGUGGGAUAUGUGAGUCUGGGGUAUCCUUUUGGCAUGACUGCCUCAAUUCUUUUUGGGAGACACCACAAAGCCAUCCUACAAUCCCCGAAACCAAAACUUUUUGUAAUGGGGACUCGAGAUGGGUUUACAAGUGUGAAGCAACUGAAGAACAAGCUAAGUUCUGCGGCAGGGCGUGUCGAAACACACCUUAUUGAAGGAGUUAGCCACUUCCAAAUGGAAGGCGCAGCUUAUGAUACACAGAUGGUGAACCUUAUCCUUGAAUUUAUUGUAUCAUUGUAGAUAAUCAACCAUUUGAAUGGGGUCAUCCUAUGCUGAAAGUCAUCAGAUUCUCCUCUUGGACGUGAGCCGCUGAAUGUUGUGCAUAUGCUAACUUCAUGUAGUGUGUAAUUUGCACAAGCUUAUUGCUUUGCAUGCUCCGUGCCAUCAGUGUAAACAGUAUUUUUUGUAUUUUCUUACGAGUCAUGAUCAAUCAUAGACAAAACAAUGGAUAUUUGAGAGUGCCAUC